GCGAGACCCCAGUAUUUCAAGCUCCUAUCAAGAAACAGAUUGAAUUGACUAGUAUUGGGUCGAACCCGGCCACCAAACAAAUAAGUCGUACCCUCCCUUUCUCCUAAACGACGCGCUCGUAUCCUGACACCUCAACUAUACGAUUCAGUCGCGCACACGACGCGCUUUGAUUCCGUAUACAAUGGCGUGACCGAGUGUGGGCUGAUCUUUCGGAGUUAUGCAUAUAUAAACACUGCUGAUACAAACAUCGGGCCAUAAGGCAGGCGCCAUAUAUAGAUAUAGAGUAGUACGCUUUGAAGCUGGUUUGAAAGGUGUUCCCCGGAAUUAUGUCUCUUGGAAUCUUUGCAAAUUAUACUCAGGAUAAAUCCUUGAACUACUUGGAGAAUCUAUGGGCCGCAUGGUAUCUGCACUUCGACAAUGACAUCUUAGCCACAGGACUCUUGUUUUUUUUGGUCCACGAAAUUACAUAUUUUGGCAGAUGCCUCCCCUGGUUUGUCAUUGACCAGAUUUCUUUCUUUAACAAAUGGAAAAUUCAACCGGAUAAAAUCCCAUCAAAUAAAGAGCAAUGGGAGUGCUUUAAGUCGGUUUUGAAAUCACAUUUUCUUGUGGAGGCGCUACCAAUUUGGUUAUUUCACCCACUCUGUUCCACGCUUAAAAUUUCGACCGAGGUACCAUUCCCUUCAGUGUCGAUCAUGGCUUCUCAAAUUGCCGUCUUUUUCUUUCUCGAAGAUUUGUGGCAUUAUUGCUUUCAUCGUUUAUUUCAUAUUGGAUGGUUCUACAAGAAUAUCCAUAAGCAACACCACAAGUACGCAGCUCCUUUUGGGUUCGCAGCUGAAUAUGCCCACCCUGCCGAGGUAAUGGCGUUGGGUGUUGGAACCAUUGGAUUUCCUAUCGCAUACGCAUGGAUGGCUGCGACAUUCUCCGAACUCCAGCUUCCAGUCCUACACUUGUUCACCAUCACGUGCUGGAUUGUUUUGAGAUUGUUCCAAGCAGUGGACUCACACUCGGGCUAUGAUUUUCCGUGGUCUUUGCAUCACUUCCUACCCUUUUGGGCAGGAGCAGCUCAUCAUGACUUGCACCACCACUACUUUAUUGGCAACUACGCCAGCUCAUUCACGUGGUUCGACUAUUUCUUGAACACAGAGUCAGGUUCUCAUGCCAAGAAAGACAGAAUGUCGAAAAAGAACACAAAGUCCGAAAAAUCCAUCACAAAGGUUAAAUAGUAAUUACAGAGAUAUCCACACAAAACGUGUAGCACUUUCACCUAAUACGCCCAACCAUCACGAGCGUUUGGCUAGGGCUGAAACCCUACUAAUCACAUGUCUCCAUUGAGCCAAGCGCACCCACCGUGUCGCGACAUUCCUGUGAUACGCGACAUUAUGACGACUUUCUUCCGCAUGAGGCUCUCUGUCCUGUAUGCCAGUAGCUGUGAAAAUUUUCGCACUGAGUGUGCAACAUCGUAG